AUGUAUAAAAAAACAAUUGAAAUAAAAAGGAGAAGGAAGAGAUAAAAGAGAAUUAAAAAUAAUUUAUUAAAUGUUCUAUAAAAGGAUCAGUAGGUUUAAAAAUAAGAAGAGUGUAUGAAAGAGUUUAAUUUUGGAUAAUUAUUACAAUAGAUGGUGAAAAUAAUAUUUGAUAGGAAAUAUUUUAAGUUCAAUGUAACAAAAAUAUGAUAUUAAGUAGAUGAAUAAUAAUUAUGGUAUUCAUAAUGGUAUUCAAUGAAUAAUGAAAUCUAGAAUUAUCAAAUGCUGAAUAUUUAAGAGAAUAAUAAUAGAUACAUAUACUUUAUAUAAAAGAUAUGUCCAAUAUCACUGUAAUCUAUAUAAUUGAAAAAAAAGACAGAGAUAGAAUAGAGUUGUAGUGAAAUUACUUAAUAUGGAAAAUAUGGUAAAUGCUAGAAUUUGGUUUUAUCAAAAUUUUUUGUUUUAUUACCUGUAUUCUAUGUCAUUGAAAAUAUCAUGUAAGUAAAUUAUUUAAUAAAGACUUUAAAAAAUAAAAGUGAAUCAAACUCAUGUUGUAAAGGUUAAUGCCAAAAAAAUAAGAAGAAUCUUGUAAUUGCAGAAUUAGUGUGUAUGAUGAAAAGAAACAGAAAUAUUGAUGUCCUUGUCACACCAAAGGGAUAAGAAUAUGAUUCAUAAUUGUGUAAAUGA